AUGCAGAUGGAUUAUGAGAUUCUUGAAAAAAAUGAAGAAUACGAAGACGAUUCAUGUAUUAAGGUAUCAUCCCAUUUUGAACAGGCCGAUGAAUUUUUUUCCAAUUUAUCAAUUCUUUUAAAAGCUACUGCAAAGGAUGAAAAUUCAGACCAGGAUGAUGUUGAACAAGAGAGAAUUUUAAGAAAAUUAAUUGGUUUGGAACAACCAUAUCUUUUAGACCCACAUUUAGAGAAAAUGGUCAAACCAAUUAUUGAAUUGCUUCGUUCCUAUAUAAAAUCAGCUAUAGCUCAAUCAAUGAUUGUAAUUAAAUUUGGGACUACAGAUAAUCCUGAUUAUGUUCAAGUUCCUAAAAUUUUGAAAAGACUUUUUAAACUUUUAUAUUAUACCAUGAAAAUUCGUGGCUAUAAAACAAUUGUAUCAGAUUUGGAACCAACAUUUUAUUUUAUGCUAUUACAAGAUCCAAAAGAUUAUAGUGGUUGGGAAACAAGAUAUGUGUUAUUGAUAUGGCUUUCUCUCAUUUCUAUGAUUCCAUUUGAUUUAAAAACAGUUGAUAGCAGGACUAGCACAGGAAGUGAUAAGAUUCCUCUUGUUGAAAAUAUGAUAGGGUUAUCAAAAUUUUACCUUAAAGCCACUGGGAAAGAAAGAGAUGGUGCUGCAAUAUUAUUAUCAAGAUUAUUGACAAGACGCGAUAUGGCUGAAAAAUAUUUGAAUAAUUAUGUUCAAUGGGCAAGAGAUGAAGCAAGAAAUAACAAAGACGUUUUUACAAUUACAGGAAUACUUACAUCAUUAUGUGCAACCUAUAAACUUGGUCAAAGACAAUCUUUACUUCCAACAUUAGAAACUGCAUGGCCAUGUCUCUUUAUUCUUGAAGAAAAUCAAAUAUUUGCAAACAAUGCUUUAGUCAGAAAAAUGCUGGUAAAAUUGGCUCAAAGAUUUGGAUUAUGUUAUUUAAAACCUAAAAUUGCAUCUUGGAGAUAUCAACGGGGCAGCCGAUCCCUAAAAGAUAAUUUACAAACUACGUCAAAACCAAACAUUGAUCCUUCAAAUAUACAAAAAUCAUUAAAAGAAGAAGGGGAGGAAGAUGAAGAAAUUCCUGAUCAAAUUGAAGAAAUUAUUGAAAUUUUAUUGAAUGGAUUGAAACACAAGGAUACAGUUGUACGUUGGUCAGCAGCAAAAGGACUUGGCAGACUUUCACAGCGUUUACCACAGGAACUUGCAGAUGAUGUAAUUGGAUCAUUGUUUGAACUAUUUUCUGAGAAUACUUAUAAACGAAAUAACCUGUUAGAGUUGUCAGCUGUAUCUGAUUACACAUGGCAUGGAACCUGUUUGGCUGUUGCAGAAUUGGCAAGGAGAGGGCUGUUAUUACCUGAGAGAUUAAAAGAAGUCAUACCUUGGGCUAUCAAGGCACUAACAUUUGAUUUGAAACGUGGCUCACAUUCAAUUGGUGCACAUGUAAGAGAUGCUGCAUGUUACGUAUGUUGGUCCUUUGCUAGAGCCUAUGCACCUGAAGUUUUAGCACCUCAUGUACCAGAGUUGGCUAAUAGUCUUGUUGUAGCAUCAGUAUUUGAUCGUGAAGUCAAUGUAAGACGUGCAAGCAGUGCAGCUUUUCAAGAAAAUGUUGGAAGACUGGGUAUUUUCCCUCAUGGGAUAGAAAUUAUUACAACGGCAGAUUAUUUCACUGUUGGCAAUAGAGUAAAUGCAUUCUUAGAAAUCAGUGUGAAAAUUGCAAAGUUUUCUGAAUAUCGAUAUCAUUUGAUUGACCAUCUUAGUAAAGUUACAAUAUCUAAUUGGGACAAAACUAUGAGAGCAUUAUGUUCAAAAGCAUUAUACAAUUUAGCUUUUCUUGAUAUUAAUUAUAUGGUCAAUAGUGUGCUUCACUUGUUAAUACCACAAGCGUUAUCACAUGAUAUGCACACAAGACAUGGUGGAUUAUUGGCUGCUGGUGAAAUAUGUUUAGCAUGGUCAGAAAUCAAUGGAAAUGAUAGAAGUUGGGUUGAAAUACAUAAGAAAUUAAUUGAGGAAAUUUCAUAUAUAAUUAUUAAUUUACCAAAAAAUCUAUUCACUGAUUUUGGAUCAGAAAUAACAUGCCAAGCAGCAUCACAUUAUAUUUCAUGUUUGUCAAAGGCAAAUUGGCCUAUUACAAAUGAUAUAAUGGUUGUUUGGAAAGAAGUUGUAUAUGAUCUAUUAAGUAGAAAAGAUGAAUAUGGACAAGACGUGGCUGUUAAGGCAGUUAAGGAAAUAGUUAAUACUUAUGGAAUUCAAAAAGAAGAAAUUCUAUCAUAUCCUUUUAUAAGAGGAUUUUCGCUUGCCUUAGGUGUUGUUAAUUAUAACAGAAUUAGUCCAUUGUUAUUAGAAAGUGUUAUUGAUGCAUUAGUAAUCUCAGCUAGCAUACAGAAAACAAAAAUAUUGAAUGACCCUGAAACAAGAAGAAAUUCAAUUAUUUCACUAACAAAAAUUUCCACAACACUUGGGGAAUCUUUUAAAACAGUUGCUUCUGAACAUAUUUUUCAUAAAAUUGUUGAUACAUAUUUUAUGGGAUUGGAAGAUUAUAGUGCUGAUUCACGUGGUGACAUAGGGUCAUGGAUACGUGAAGCAUGCAUGAAUGGAUUUAUGGAAUUUUGUCCAUUGAUACAAAAAUUAGAUUUUAAAGGCAUGAACUGUAAACCUUGGUGGACAAAUGACUUAUCUAAAAAUGUUUUUUCAAGUUUAUUGAAACAAAGUGUUGAAAGAAUUGAUAAAAUUAGAUCUUGUGCAGGAAAAGUUUUGCUUAAUUUAUUAUAUAAAAAAAUAGUCAUUGAUGGAGAAGAAAAAUUUUUAUUUGAUGUACCAGGGAGAGAAAUAUUGCAAAAAAUUUUGCCAAGAGACAAAGAAAUUCAUUGGAUUAAACCAUCUGAGUUAUAUCCAAGAUUAAUAAAAUUAUUAAUAUUACCUGAAUAUAGAUUUGAUUUAUUAACAGGCUUAGUGAUUGCUGCAGGCGGAUUAACAGAAUCUUUGCAGGAUAGAAUUGUGAUACCUUUAUUAGAAGUUAUAGAUUUAUUAUUUGAGGCUGGUAUAUUACAAAAAAUUGAUCAAAAUAAUUUUAGAUUUUGUGGUAUGACUACAUUAAGCGGUUCAGUGAAAAAUAGAGCAUUAUUUCAAUUACUUUCACUUUUAAUCCAUCCAUUUCCAAAGAUAAGACGAUCAACAGCAGAUCAAUUAUACUUAACAAUUACUUCAGCAGCUGAAAAUGAAGAAUCUGAACAAAUGUUACAAAUUGAAGAUAUAUUAACUAAUACUGAUUGGUAUUUUAUGAUUUAA